AUGUCCAAAACAAAAACCAAGCAGGCGCGUCGCCAGCUCAAGCGCGACGGGCAGCGCAAGAUCGCUGCGCACCAGAAGAAAACCGCACAAGCGGCAGCGGCCAAAUCAACCAAACCCACGCCCGCGAGCGCGAGGAAGCGGAAGAAGAGCGACGGCCCAGACACCGCAAAGUCACUGCCUUCCACAACAACUGCAAAGCCGCCGCCUUCCACGACGACGGCAGAGAAGCCCUCCGUCCAGGCCUCGCAGAAACCCCCCGUCCCCUUUGGCGCCUACGACCAUAUCCUGCUCGUCGGCGAGGGCGAUUUCAGCUUCACGCGCUCCCUCGUGCUGGACCACGGGUGCGCAAACGUAACGGCGACGUCAUUCGACAGCGAAACCGAAGUCGCUGAAAAAUACCCCUCCUUCACAUCGACACAGCAAGAGCUGUCCGCACUGACCCCGCCGGUCCCGCUCCACCACGGUAUCGACGCCACGCGGUUGAGUUCGUACAAGACACUCAAAUGCUCGCGGGAAGACGACGACGAAGUCGACGACGAAGACACAGCGAGCGGGUGGGACACCAUCGCCUUCCUGUUCCCGCACGUCGGCGGCCUCUCGACCGACGUGAACCGACAGGUCCGGAGCAACCAAGCGCUGCUUGUGUCUUUCUUCAAGAGCUGUCUCGAGUCCAGCACGCCGCAACAGCGCCUGCGCAUCCUCGAAGCCCAGGCUAACCGGCCCAAUCUCGUGCAGCGUCGGCGCUCCGAGUUUUUGAAAAUGGGCGGCAAGAUCAUGGUCGCGCUGUUCGAGGGCGAUCCGUACUCGCUGUGGAAUAUCCGCGAUCUAGCCCGCCAUGCUGGACUGAAGGUCGUGGAAAGCUACAAAUUCGACUCGACGCAAUACCCCAGCUAUGCGCAUGUGCGCACGCUCGGCGCCAUCGAAGGAGGCGGAGCGUGGAAGGGCGAGGACCGGGAUGCGAGGAUGUACGUCUUCGAGAAGGUGGCGCUCGAAGCGGAUAGUGAAGAGGAGAAGGAGUUGGAGAAGGCGGGGGUUAAGCUUAGGAAGAGGAGGGCUAGCGAGGUGGUCAAAAAGAAGAAGAAGAAGAGGAAGUUGGGCGAGGAUGAGGAUAGUGAGUAA